UGGCCCUACCAACGUGAUCCGGGUUAUUUAGUGGUCACAGCGAAUCCAAGAUGGCAUCGCACAUGUCUAGGUGUAGAACUUGGGGACGUGUCCAAAGGUGUGGGAUCGCAGCAUACAGGAAAUACAGCAGUGGCAGUGGAUAUCCAAAUAUCUCACUCUCUUCACCCUUGCCUGGGAUCCCCAAACCCGUGUUUGCAUCAGUGGAUGGUCAUGAGAAAUAUGAGACAAAAAUCACGACUUUAGAAAAUGGUCUAAAAGUUGCUUCCCAGAAUAAGUUUGGUCAAUUCUGCACAGUUGGAAUCUUAGUAAAUUCAGGUUCCAGGCAUGAGACAAAAUACCCAAGUGGAAUUUCACACUUUGUGGAGAAACUUGCCUUUUCUUCCACAGCCCAGUAUGGUAGUAGAGAUGAAAUACUCCUCACACUUGAAAAGCAUGGAGGGAUAUGUGACUGCCAAACAUCUAGAGACACCACUAUGUAUGCCAUCUCUGCUGAGGUAAAGGGACUGGACACUGUUGUCAGUCUUCUUUCUGAUGCUGUCCUGCAGCCUCGUCUUCUGGAUGAGGAGAUAGAGAUGACCAGGAUGGCAGUGCGCUUUGAGCUGGAGGACCUCAGCAUGCGCCCUGACCCUGAACCUCUGCUGACUGAGAUGAUCCAUGCAGCUGCAUACCGGGGCAACACAGUGGGUUUGCCACGCUUCUGCCCCAUAGACAACAUAGAUAAGAUUGACAAGAAGCUGCUUCAUUCCUACUUGCGGAGCUACUUCUGCCCCGAGCGCAUGGUGCUAGCAGGCGUGGGCAUCGAACAUGAGCAGUUAGUGGAGUGUGCCAGGAAGUACCUACUGGACGUGAAACCAGUCUGGGGAACUAGCACUCCGGCCAAUGUUGACCUUUCUGUGGCACAAUACACUGGUGGCAUUAUCAAGAUGGAAAAGGACAUGUCAGAUGUAAGCCUUGGCCCCACGCCCAUCCCUGAGCUUACGCACAUUAUGAUUGGCCUGGAGAGCUGCUCCUUCCUGGAAGAUGAUUUCAUCCCUUUUGCUGUCCUCAACAUGAUGAUGGGGGGAGGAGGGUCGUUCUCUGCAGGGGGCCCUGGGAAAGGCAUGUUCACCCGCCUUUACCUGAACGUGCUCAAUAGGCAUCACUGGAUGUACAACGCUACAGCCUACCACCAUAGCUAUGAGGACAAUGGUCUGCUGUGCAUCCAUGCCAGUGCGGACCCCAGACAGGUUCGGGAAAUGGUGGAGAUCAUAACCAGAGAGUUCAUUCAGAUGGCUGGGACUGCAGGAGAGAUGGAGUUGGAGAGAGCCAAGACGCAGCUCAAGUCGAUGCUGAUGAUGAAUCUAGAGUCGAGGCCGGUAAUCUUUGAGGAUGUGGGCCGCCAGGUUCUCGCCACGGGAAAGAGGAAGCUUCCUCAUGAGUUGUGCACACUCAUUAGCAAUGUCACUUCUAGCGACAUUAAGAAGGUCACAGCCAAAAUGCUCCGCAGCAAGCCGGCUGUAGCAGCACUGGGGGAUCUGACAGAAAUGCCCUCCUAUGAACACAUCCAGGCUGCCCUGUCCAGUAAGGAUGGGCGCCUGCCUCGCAUGUACCGCCUCUUCCGAUAGAUAGCCUUGUUAUUCAACGAGCCAGUGGCAAGCUACCAUUACUGUAUAUACUGGACACUUAAUCCCACACUUAUCCGUCUUGGUGGAGCUCUGUGAAAGGGGACGAAGUCUGGACUACUAUUGCUGUUUUUCCUCGUCAAGAAAUAUUAUUACACUUACAUUCUCUCUCUUUUUGGUCUGAGGAAAUUCCUCAGCUGCGUUUGCUUUCAGUGGGUUCUAGCUCUAAGGGUGUGUGUGUGAACUGAUAAAGCCAACACUUAGGCCCAUGCAGAGAAGAGAAGCUGCCAAAUGACUUUUAUAAAGGAUAAUGGCUGAGUUUGACGUUCUAAUGUUUGUAGCGUUUAGGAAGUUGCUUCCUUUGUGUUACGCACAGUAGUUACAGACGACCCUCUCAAGGACACACUUGAGAGUGUUUUUUGUAAUUGAGUUUCUUGUAAUCGUUUUACAGAUGCACCCUCAGCUGAUUAGCACCUCUUCCGUCUGCAGAUGAACUCAGUUCCUCUGUACUGCACAGGAACUAUUGAAAGAAACAAACCUUUUGCAAUCCUCAUGGCAAGACUUGUGACUAGACUCAGAAUGACUGGGAUGUGAAAAACUAUUCUUAUCAGUAGAAUGUACAUUGUCCCCAUGCCCUUCAACCGCUUAUAACCACCCUGUUGUGUAAUGCCCUGAAUGUAUGUGUUAUUGUGUGUUUGCACUGAUGAAGUGUUUGGUGCUUGGAAAAAGGAAUUGGAUAAUGCUCCUGUGUUUGACCUAAAAUGGGGCAGCAUAAAGUAUAUGUAGUACUUUACCAUUUAUAUGGGCAGUAAAUGAAGUUUGUAUAAAACCAUGUUAAUAUAAGAACACAGUAUUCUUUAUCUAAUGGUACCACAUGCAGGCCCAUUGUCUUCCGUGUGGGAUGUUGUUGACGAACCCAUUAAAACAU